AUGGGACUCAAUAUAUCUAACAAACUGAAACCAAGCAAAGCACCCUUCUACGGCAUCGUCCUAGGGAACGCUUCUUUCCCAGUUGGAACCGUAGUGCUCCCAGUCACCUUUGGUACACCAGAUAACUAUCGAACAGAACUCAUCAAGUUUGAGGUAGCAGACUUCGAGUCCUCAUAUCAUGCCAUACUUGGGCGGCCAGCAUUGGCCAAAUUUAUGGCAAUCCCCCACUACGUCUACCUCCUGCUGAAGAUGCCAGGAAAAACAGGAGUCCUCACCUUCCGCGGAGACCUUCAAAGAUCCUUUGAAUGCGAAAAAGAAGCUAUAACCUAUGCCUCCACAAAUCCACUCCCGGACACCGCAGGAGAAGUACUGGCAGCAGCCCAGCAGUACUCGACGUCGGGAUCAGAGAUCCCAGCAAAGAAAACAAACCGCUCUACCCCAAAGCCACCCGACAACAUCAGAGUCAAAGCAAUUCAACAACAAGAAGACGACCCGUCGAAGACAGCCUUGAUCGGGAUAGGGCUUUCUGACAAAUAG